AAAGCUGAUGUGUCGGUGAAAGCCGCGAACGCUUCUUUGGAUGCCGAUACGAUCCCGUCAGUCGCUGGAAGUGCAUCGAUUCGUGGCAUUUUACGCGAGCAAGACAAUUUCGAAAAUCUUCAAGUUGUUGCAAGAAUCAAUCAGUGAUCUACUAUAAUAGCAUAGAAUCGUCUAUUUUUACGAAUGUAUCAAGUAUUAAACCGAGUUAAACCGUUACCAUUACCGAAUACGAUACCUAAUACAACAAAUACAUGUUUUUUUACUAGUAUCGAUCGAUAGAUCGAUAGAUCGAGGAUCGAGGAUCGAGGAAACAAUGUUAAAAGACAACUUGCAGAAUAUGUUGUUUGGAUCGUUACUGAUGCACGCACGGUGUUUUGAGAACAAGACGAAAUUUUGAUUCUCGAUCGACAGAGUAGAGAAUUUUGAUACCGGAAGAAAAACGAUUUACGCGCAUAAUUAUGGUAAGAGUUGCGACCACUCGUUCACGUCUAUCCAAUUUAUGCAGAGAAUAAUUCCAUAGAUAUUCGGAUCAUGAACGUCGUCGUUGCUGUUAUUAUUAUACACGUGUUUCUGAUUGCGAAUACCUGUGCAUUCGAUUACGAGAACUACGGUACAAUAACGUACGAUCGUUCGCUGUUCCCUACUUCUUCUCCGUCCGUAUCCUCGUUUCACGGUUGGUUUUCGAAACUACACAGAGCCGAACAGCUGAACGGAAGAUCAAAGAAAUUGACGUUACUGGCCGGUGGCGGCGGGCAAGCGGAACAACAAAUAUCGGCUAAUUCACCGAUUAAAAAUCAAUCAUCGAACGAGAAAAGAGCCAAGGAAGCGAACCGAGGGAAUUUCCCAACUGGUGCAACUACUUCGAAUGAGUUCGAUAGCUGGCAGACUCGUUUCGAUCCCGAAGGAGAAAAUUCGUCGGAAGAAAAGUAUGAUAGCGACGGGAGAUUUCGAAACAGGCGAACCUUUCGGAAGAGAGCAAGUUUCGUUGAGAACAAGGAUAAAUCGGUGCAUUUUACCGAAACAAACUCGGCCGAACGCAUCGCGAUUAGAAGAGAAGCAGCAAAUAUAAAUCGAAUAAAGAAAAGCGAAGAAGGGGAACGGCUGGUUGAAGAAGAGGCUAGCGGUGACAACGAACGAGACGGUUCGUUCCCGAUUGCGAUCAACCUUCGACAAACACGACGAAAUGUUAACGAUGACGAUAUUUACUAUUCGGAUGAUAGGAUCGACAAUAAGGAAAAUUUACACAACUUUCUCGAUCUGCUGAAGAAACGAAUGCGCAACGGAAAAUUUGAGGAAUGGUUGGUAGCGGAUUACAGGGAAGGACGAGGACGAGGACGAGGACGAGGACGAGGACGGAAAUUGACCAGUCACCAACAGGGUACCAUCCUCGUCGAAGCUCUCAGGAAGAAACGAAAUAACACCGAGGGUCAUCGAGGUCAUAACAGUGAUCUUCAAAACAGCAUAAUGGAUAUGUUGGGUAGAAUGAUACCACAAACAUGUACGUACAAAGGGACAACGUUUGACUGCGGUCUUAGUAUUAGUUGCGUUCUCGGCGGUGGUCGUCCGGUCGAUCUUUGUUCAGGAGGAUUGAUUUGGAGUUGUUGCGUCGACGAUGAUGACAUACCCGAAAAAAUACCACGACCAACUACUGGAUUGCUACAAAAUGCCACGCUUUCGCUAAACUUGGGAAAUCAACAUCCGUACGUGGACGAUGAUGUUCAAAUCUACGAGAACGUGGCAAGACCAAGCAAACCGAUGUAUAACGUUCCUCAAAACGGCCAUGGACCGAGCUAUCUACAUCUCGGCGACAUUGCGAACAAACCGUCAACCAUGAUGACGACAUCGACCACCACGAUGACGACCGUUUACGAAUCGUCGCAAACAUGGAAUUACGAUCGGCCCUCGCACACGAGCCGUCCUACUACGCUCUAUCAUCAUCCAUUACAACUUGAUUAUCCGCAGGACGAAUAUGAUGCCGUUUAUCCUGAUGUAUCGGGAGUGUACACGCCGAGUCAGCACGUUUCAAACUCUCUGGAUUAUUCGAAAUAUCGUGGUUGCGGUGAACUUUAUACAAGAAGCAAUCGAAUCGUCGGUGGACACAGUUCCAGUUUCGGAAGUCAUCCAUGGCAGGCUGCCAUUAUCAAAUCUGGAUUCCUUUCCAAGAAAUUGUCAUGUGGUGGUGCCUUGCUGAACAACAGAUGGGUAGUUACCGCAGCUCAUUGUGUCGCGACGACACCAAAUGGUAACCUGAAAGUACGUCUUGGCGAAUGGGACGUAAGGGACUCGUCCGAACGAUUGUUGCACGAAGAAUUUAAUGUUGAGAGAAAGGAGGUUCAUCCACAAUACUCGCCAACCGAUUUUCGGAACGAUGUGGCACUGGUAAAACUGUCGAGAACAGUGGCGUUUAAGCAACAUAUCGUACCCGUUUGUUUACCAGCGAAAAAUUUGAAGCUCUCCGGACGCACAGCAACGGUUGCUGGCUGGGGAAGAACUAGACACGGGCAAAGUUCAGCACCGUCGAUUCUUCAAGAAGUUGACGUUGAAGUUAUUCCUAACGAACGAUGUCAACGAUGGUUCAGGGCAGCUGGAAGGCGUGAAACUAUACACGAUGUUUUUUUAUGCGCUGGCUAUAAGGAAGGUGGACGAGAUUCUUGUCAGGGAGACUCUGGCGGCCCGUUAACCAUGUCGGUCGAAGGAAGGCACGUACUUAUCGGUCUUGUGUCCUGGGGUAUAGGAUGUGGUCGAGAACACUUGCCCGGCGUAUACACCAAUAUUCAGAAAUUCGUGCCUUGGAUUGACAAAGUAAUGAGUUAAGUUUUUAUGUAUUAUGCGACACGACGAUACGAAAGAAUAUGAAAAAAAACGUGGUGUAAAAAAGUUUACAGAUGUCAUAGAGAACAAAUUCUUAUAUACAAUGUAUAUUAAUUAUACAUUUAUAUGUAUGUACAUAAGUUAGUAAGUAAGUAAGUAAGUAAGUACAUAUUCUAUAAAAUAUUCAAGGGAUCUGCGUUACCGAGAAUGGUUUCCGAAAUUAUCAUUGAUCGAUCAUUUGACAUAUCAUACGCAUAUCUGAAAAUAUUGGUAAGAAUUGCGUUUUUGUAAUUCGUGAUUGCCCUCGUUUACUGUACGAGGACGAUGGAGUAUGAAAAGAGAUAAUCGAAUAAGUCCGCCAGUCGGUAUGAACGGGAACGAUAAGUCUGGACGAAUAAUUGUGCGCUGUAAGUAUUUAAAUACAUAUAGGUAAGUACUUACUUACUUACAACAUAAGCUUGUACAAUGUAAAUAGAAUAGAAUAGUGAAUAGAAUAAUUUCUUUUAAAUCGCGUAUCGUAGUCGUAGUCGUCGUAUUAGCUGCCAGACAGAGAUUUCUAUAACGUCAGAUUAAAUUUUAUUACAUAGGUUUUAUAGAAACCGAUACACUGUAUAAAAUCGCAUCGUGUCGUAUUGUAAGUAUGUAUGUAUAUAAGAUUUAUCAUGUUAUAUUAGAUUGUAUUACAUUUGCCGAUCAAACAACGAUAUAAUCAAAGCAUUGAAUAGUAAGUACUAGAAUCAAGUGUGAUUAGUUUGAUAAGAUAUCCGGAAAGGGGAUGAAAGAUGAUUACAGUAAGUUCUAGUGUACAAGCUAGUUGCACUGCGGUUAAAUGAAUGGUUUAAACGAA